AUGGCAUGUGUCAUCACUUCUUGGGAAGCUUCCAAAUUGAUUCGCAAGGAGGAAGCUAAGCUUCGGGCUGAGGCUAAGGUGUUGGGGGUCCAGAAGCCCCUCGUCUCUUCCGAUCGAGCGGCUAUGCGAGCUGCUUUGGAGGCGGUAAGGGGCUACUCUGUUCCAGAAUCUGAGGAGCCUGCGCCUGAGUACCUCGCACACAAGCUUGAGCAGAUUGAGAAUGGCGAGCCCACCGCUAGUUAUCUUGAUGAGGUUAUUUCACGUAAGGAGUCCAACUCUUUGCAGCUUCAGACUUCACUGGACAAUCAGGGCCGCCUUCGUGUUAUGCGCCAGAAGCCCAAGGGGAAGCUCCCACAGAACACUGAGGAACUCCGAGCGAAGAUUCGGCUCGAGGCAUCAACAUGGGUGAUGUUGGCCGCGAAGUGUCGCGGUCGGGCCUAUUUGCAGGGAUUGCAGUUGUCACAUUUUGAUCGUUUCUUGGAAUAUCUUCUGGGAGACAAGUGCUACAGCAUGCAAGUCGCAUCGGCGGCUCCCAUGAGUUCUUCUGCGCAUGCUGAUCGUCACACUUUGUCUGUGCCCUGGAAUAUCUUGCUUCAGUAUGAGUUCGAGCUUCGUAAAUGGGCCAUCAAGGAGGCACCUCGUUUGAGUGCCCCGCUGGGUGACAAGCUGCAUGAGGCUACCACCAACACCGAGCUCAAGGAGCUGCAUUUUACAUCUCAGGUGGCAUUGUCUCGACGCUCGGCCGGCGCCGACCCUCCGCCACCAAAGUGGCCCCGCAAGGGUGACGGCAAGAAGGGAGAAAAGGGCGGAAAAGACAAAGGUGGCAAGGACGGAAAGGGCAAGGCCGAUGGCAAGAUCAAAAUCGGCGAGUCAUGGCUCGAUCUGGUCUUGAAAACACCGGACGGACGUGAGUUGUGCUACGCUUACAACAUCAAGCGUGGGUGUCAGGUCAAGGGAUGUCAGCGAGUUCACGCGGAUGUUCGCGCCUGGCUGGAGGUCCUAUGCACGUCACAGAACAUCAUUUUGGAGAUGUCCGAAGUCGACAUCUGCCGUGACCCAAGUAUGGAUUUGCUGGACUCUGCAGUGGCUGAUCGGUGCUUGCUUCAAGUCCAAAAUUCGGAGUGGGGCGUGGUCUUGGUGACUCCGCCCUGCAAUACCUUUUCUCGGGCACGAUGCGUACAGCCGGGUCCUCGGCCACUGAGAUCACGUAUUUACCCUGCGGGUUUUCCUUGGCUUUCAGACUCACAUCGUGCUGCGGCGGAUAAUGGCAAUCAGUUCGUUUCCUUUUCUUUUCAGAUCUGCACGGCUGCCCUUUCGAAUUCUAUUCCUUUUCUGUUGGAGCACCCUGAAGAUCUGGGUAUGACAACCACCGGUCACACACCGGCAUCUAUUUGGCAACUUCCAGAAGCUGCUGCACUUUUUACGCACGAGCAGGUCGUGACUUUUGCGAUCUAUCAGUGUCACUACGGAGCCCACACGCCGAAACCCACCAGGUUUCUUUCUUCUAUCGCAGCCACCUUUGGCAUGCGAUUCAUGGGGCCUCCUCGUCUUGAUUCUGCGGACAAGUAUCUGGGGCCUCUGCCCAAGUACUGUGGCCACCGGCGUUCCAAUCGCCUUUUGGGUGCCGCCAACACUGCCGCUGCUGCCGCCUAUCCGCCUGAUUUAUGCAAGGCUAUCGCUUCCUGGACCUUCUCCGUCUUCGAUGGGGGAGGAGGUGCACCCUCGGAGGUUGCGACGUUACCGGAACAGGACGACAUUCCAUUCAGUGAACUGAAGUCUGGUUGCGAAGGGCCACCGAUGGUGGGGGAUUUCGCUGGGUCCUCGGAUGAGUUCGUCGAUGGGUUUGGUCGCUGCUCUCCUGGUCGGUGGAAGCCAUGCAACCGGGGCACGGCGAUGUCCGCUGAAGCCUUAGACUUUGCGCAGCGCUUGAAAGAGAGGGUCAGGAUGUUCGUCGUGGAGUGUGUUCCGGACUUGGCGAAGUCGACUUUUCGUCUGGCGACGGGACACUGGAACGGGCCGCUCUUUGACCAGGGUCGCUUGGAAGAACUGAGGGAGGACUGGUUCAACAUGCUGCCUGAUCCCAUCCGGGCUCGGGAGAUGAUUCCUCAUCAACCCUUCUACUUGAGGGCGAUUUCGCAGACUCUUCGGAUUCUUGGAGACCCAGACUAUCGCAUCAUCGAGGAGGGGAAGUUCUGCUUCGUGAACGGUGUCGAGGUGGGGCACACGGCGCCAUUGGGGCCAGUGCCUCAAGUGUUCCGGACCCGCAGAAAAGAUCAGAAGUACGAUGAGUCAACUUGGCAGCCGUUGAUGCAGAACUAUCGUGAUGGGGCUGAAGUCGAGAAGGCCUUGGAGGAGGCUUUCACCAAAGAGGAGGCAGAAGGACGCAUGUUCCCGCUUUCUUUGGCGGAGGCGAAAACACGCUUCCCUGGUCCUGCGCUUCGCAUUGCCGCUCAAGCCGUGAUUCCGAAACCUGACCAUGAAUUCCGUGUGGUCCAUGAUGGGACCCACGGGGUUCACGUCAACAAUGAGAUUGUUAUGCUGGACCGUCUUGAAUCGCCUGGGCCAAGGGAGAUUUCUUCGAUUCAGAAGCUGGGCAUGGUGGCAGAAGAGAAAGUCCUGUUCGGGCUUGUGGGAGACGUGAAGAAGGCGCACAGGCGAUAUUUGCACCACCCAGAGCAUUGGGGGGAGCUCGCUUGUAGAACGCGGAGCGAUUCAUCAGUCGUAUGGCUUAACCGCACAGGAACUUUCGGAAUUGCUUCGGCGGCCUAUUGGUUCGCCCGCUUGAUUGAUUUGGUGGGCCGCUUGUCUCUCAGAGUUAUGCUUCAGGCUUUUGUUUUCAUGCUUAUUUAUGCAGACGACCUACACCUGCUCAGCGGCGGUUCAGAUCGAUGGCUCAACCUCUGGAUGUCCCUUGCCCUUUUGUGCAUGCAGGGCACACCCUUCUCGGAGAAGAAGUGGCGCGGGGGACUACAACUUGAUUGGGUCGGUUACUGGAUUGAUUAUGGCCGCUUUAAGCUUGGGAUUUCGGAGAAGAGAUGCCAGUGGAUCAUCCGAUCGAUUGAGGGCAUGGAGGGAGACGGCUGGCUUGUGGACGUUCGCCGUUUUCACGAACUCCAUGGCCGGCUAGGCUUUAUGUCGCAAAUCUUGAUAUGGAUCAGACCCUUCCUCGCGCCGGGCUACGCAUGGCUAGCGGUGGUCAGCAAAGGUGCGGUAUUGGCACUGCCCAACUUGAUCCGCUGCACCCUGCGAUUCAUUCUUGAUCGGCUCCGCGCAGGUUCACGAACGUAUCCUGCGGGGCUGGCGGAUAAGGAUUAUGGGGAACUCUUCAGAACCGACGCUGCUUGCAACUCUGACUCUGUGGUUCUAGGUGGUUGGUUCCUUGUCAGGGGUGUUGUCUGUAAAUCCGCUCCUUGGUUUCAGAUUACGCUUCGUUGUGAAGAAGCCCCUUGGCUCUUCAAGGAAGGUCUUGGGAGCUCCUGGGCCAGUACCUCUGCUGAACUGCUAUCCUCGUUGGUAGCGCUUCAUCUGCUGGAGAGGGAUUUUCCCGAGGUGUUUUCAUGUCCUGGCUCUUUCAGGGCCUGCUUCGCUGGUGGAACAGACAACAAGUCGGCGGAUGCCAUUUCUGCCCGACUUCUCACGACAAAGGUUCCUGUGAUGUUUGUGCUGAUGGAAUACGCUCAUCGCUGCGACUUGGCCGGGGUCAGAUGUCUCUUGAACUGGAGGCCGCGUGAUGCGAAUCAGGAGGCAGAUAGGAUCACGAAGAAUGAUUUCUCAGAUUUCUGUCCGGACCUUCGGGUCGCUGUCAGCUGGAGUGAGUUGAACUUCUCAGUGCUUCCGUCUUUACUUCGAUUCGCGAACUUUCAGAGCACUCUGGAGGAUGCGCGUGCCUCUGCUUCUGGCGAAGGACAAUCUCCUUCUCGCAUUCGUUUCGAGAAGAGUCAGUGGGGCUGA